AUGUCCUCUAGAGCGACAGUUGUAUUGACUCCGUGGGACUCCGAGUCACUUGCCCAUCGGCGGGUCCUUUUUCAACAACGAGAAGAAUGUACCUGGCACCAAGACAAGGUCGAAAAAGAAUGGAGAGAGUCGCAAGCAAAGGGUACAAAGUGUAUCUACUGGAUUGUUCUACCAUUUGAUGACUCAGGGGCAACUGCGCAGAUGAAGUCUCUUCUUGAUCCAAAGUCCAACGAGGAACUUCAGGAUACAGCUACAUCCAUAAAUGCUGUUUCUCGACAGCCAUCGCAUAAGACCUUCAUUCCCAUUGGCCAUAUCUCCUUAGACUCGGUAAAUCCAGAUGCCAAAGAUAAUGAGCUCGAUAUUCCAAAGGUUGAUUCAUUCUGGAUCAAAACUUUCUACGUCACACAGUCCUUACAGAGUCAGGGCGUUGGCCGAGCAGCAAUGGAUGAAGUCGAAGACAUGGCGGUUCGAGAGCCUCUGAAUGCCAAAACUCUAUUGCUUGAUACUGUCGAAAAGGACGACCAGCUACGUGAGGAGUUUGCAAUAAUAAGCUUUGGGGGCAUUCCUAAGGUUGCGAAUGAAGUCUGGUAUGCCCGGCGAGGAUAUCGUCUUAUCAAGACUGUCCAAAACUAUUACAAUAUUGCGGAUAAAAAUGGCAAAUAUUGGGAUACGAAAACUGUUUUCAUGCGAAAGGAUAUAUCGUGA